AUGGACGGCGCAGAUUCACCCUCCAAUUCCAAAGUAAUUGUUCAAUGUGCCGAUCCUCACCAUCUAUUCGACAACCUCGAGCCCCGUCUAUCGGCUAGAAGCCCUCUGAAGAACCUCCAUUGGAAAUCCCCGAAACGCCCUCUUCGAUCCAUCUCCAAUUUAAACAUCUCCCUCACCCGAGAAGACAAAUCAGUGGGACCGCAAUCCAAUGUCCGCAGGCACCAGAUUCCCGGUCUGCGCGAGACGCCUUAUGUCAAACUAUACCUGCUGCGGUGCGAUGACAAGGAGACAUACAAAGAGAAGGCCAGGAAAGAUGUCCGCCAAUGGGUCAAGGCACAGACACCUGGUAAUGACGGGAAGUCUACGAGCAAGACCCAAGAGGAUCAUGACGCUUUCGAAUGGUUGAUUGUCCAUGUGGUGCUACCGAAUACCCCCGCGGCCAGUCAACCAAGGUCAUUCAAGAGCAUAUCGCUGGAAACCGCAGAUAGCACCGACAGCGUUAACAGCAAAUCGAAAUGGUCAGGCAAAAGUUCAUCUACGAUUUUGGACAAAUUAAAAGCCGAUUUCAACAGCAGCUCCAAGUCACCCAUCAAUCGUGUGGCCCAAGUUCGGCUUUUGGAACCCAACGACAAAUCUACCCCACUUACGCCAGCCGAACUGGAGGAACAAUGGCAAGAUCUGGUCGAGUGUUUGAAGGCAUGUAUCCUCCGUUCGUUUGAUGCCCGCGUAUCUCAGUACGAAGCCGAUAUUCGAGAAAGGGAUAGCCAAAGGAACUUGCCCGGUUGGAAUUUUUGUACCUUUUUUGUUCUGAAAGAGGGCCUAGCGAAAGGGUUUGAGAGUGUGGGCCUGCUUGAAGAUGCUCUGGCUGUCUAUGACGAGCUCUCUCUAGGUCUCGAUGGCUUGGUCAAGGACCAGGCUCAGAAGCAUGACAAUGAUGACAGUGGGGCGCUUCUCAGCUUCUCGAAAGAAUCAAAGUCGCUUCUGCGAGCGGCCCUUGAUCCCGAAACUCGGCCUGUUUCUCCCCAGAACCUCGACUCGAAUUGUGAACUGGAACAUAUCCUUACAGCUGAUCGCCAUUCCUUCCCCUUUGAUGCUGAGCGGAAAAAUUAUCGGAAUCUCAUCCUUUCAAACGAUGUUUCGGCUCUAGAUCUCCGAAUAUAUCUCUUCACCCGAGAAAUGGAGAUUCUCACCAGACAAGGGCGAGCAGACCUGAAUGCAAGUGAAUUGACAAAAACAGGCGCCAACCUGAAUGUGAUUGCAGAUCUCACCGAACGAGCGGUCCAGUUCAUCAAUCUGGCCGCCCGUAGCCUCCGUCUUGAACUUUACAGUGCAUGGGGAGGGCAAGAAGGCCUCACUUCCGAGGAGCUUCUCACGCAACGCACAGUGACUGGCAAUAUUGUCUCCACCUGGGAAUGGCGUGCCGUGAUGCAAAUACUGGGAUGGGUCGUCCCGCUACUUGGCAUGAAUUUGGAGUACGGCACUGGAACGCUCACUAUCGAUGCGCUUGAGCUAGUCGACGCAAAGGCAACAGAUCAAGCCGCUGAGACCCAUUCCAAUGUGCAGAGGUGGUCACUCACCCCUGAUCCGCGUUUGUCCUCUCGCGAACGAUCUCAAGAACGCAAUAAUAGAAACUCAGUCAUGCCCAACGGAGCACAUUCGCAACAAGUAAUUUCCCGUCGCCCUGGCUUUGAGAGACUUGCGUUGUGGGUCUCGAAGCUUGUAAUCAUGGCGAGAAAUACCAUGGAAACCCUGGAGAUCGUUCGACCGUGGGUGACGGAGAUGAAGCGAAUCACCUUGAACUCAGCCAAGGAGAACUACAUGAAGGCAGCAAACGGUGACCUGGAGGUGCACUCAAAUUCGGAUAAAGGGGACGAUAAUCCCACCUCUAGUCACAAGGAAUUGAUAGCGGGCCUGGAGUCAAGUACCCUGAUGGCGGCAGCAGCAUCCAAGUCCACUUUCUUGACUCUGUACGCUUUGCUGUCAACUUUUGCAUUCAGAAUUAUUACUCACACAAAGAGCACAACCACGAGGCAACAAAUCUUGAUAGAUCUCGUGCAAAUGGAGUAUGCGCAAGGUCAUCACACCGUUGCCGCUCGGUAUCUUCAGAGCAUCCUCGGUCAGUUGCCGCGACCGUCGUAUCGUCCCGCAGACGGGCAUCUCCUACGAAUGUAUGCCGAUUGCUUGAGGCAUCUGGACAAACCAAACGAUCGUGCUCGAUGUCUCAUCUCUUGUCUGCAGUGGAUUUCGCGAGGACCAUUUGGCUCUUCGUUUGGAAUUUCUUCAAGCACAAAACAGCAUUAUGCGGACCAGCUUUUCGAGGUUGUAGCAAAUGUUUCGGCGAUCACAUUGCCUUUGACAAACUUGUUCCACAUUAGCAGUGUUUCAAGAACGAUCUCCCAUCACCAGGGCAAAGACGGUUUCAUGUUGUCCGUUGAUCUUCGCCCUUUGUCGGGUAUAUCGACCCCACCUCUUGACGAUAUCAGGUUGCGACUCGCCUCCAGAGAUGGCAAUGAACCACAGCACAUCCACUUAAAACUUUUCAAGAAAGUCCCGAUUGAGGCAGAUGGCACAAAGGUUCUGUUGGAAACUGCCACGACUACUCAUGGUUGGUAUACUCCCGACGAAGUUGAGGUCCACAUCGGCAAUAUGAGACUGGUACAUCAUUUCGCUUCAAGUCACAGCGACGAGUCAGCACCCUCGGAUGAAUUCUUCGGUAUUGGAUCUCAAAUUGUUCCGCUCCUGGUCUACCCGUGCUAUCGGUGCCUGGAAGUCAGAAUUAUCCCUUCACCUGUCUUUCAUCUCGCGGAGAUGCGUCGGUUUUGGGUCCAGAUAAGGCCCGGUCUUAAUACUAUCAAACAAUGCAAACUGCGGUUGAAGACCGCGACCGCAGGAUUGAGACUCAACAUUCAUGACUCGAAGCUGUUGGGUGACAAUCAACCGUCCUCAACUUCACUGCGUACAGUGCGGGAGGGAGACGUCCUGAUGAUUCUUCUGGAAAACAUGGAAUCUGAAUGCACGAAGGAGAUUGAAAUUCCCUAUACAAUGGAGAUCCAGUCUGAACCCUCUGUCACGAUACGAAUAGAUGCCAACUACGAGACCGACCGGGGAACCUUUACUUUGUACGACACGGCGGUUGUAAAUAUCAUCUUGCCAGUUACUGUGAAUGUUCAAGAUGUGUUUAGAAGUUCGUGCAUGUACUCUCGGUUUACAAUCAGUCCAUCUACCUUGGUCCCUCUCCACCUAAUCAGCUGCAAGCUCGAGGACAAUGAAGCGUAUGAUGUGGUUCUGGGUGGAGGCCUUGAUCAAGGAGCAGUGGUGUUUCCCAAACACCCAGCCAGUUGGACUGUUCGCCUUGUUCCAAAGCAUGAUAGCAUGGUCAGCUCGACUCAACGGCUGACUCUGACGGUUGAUUUUCUCUCGCUGGAUGACAUCAUCUUGACCGUGCUCGAAGAAGAUUUUACGUCGGAGGUACUAAAGACCCCAUAUGCCUAUGCGGCGAGGUUGUUGGUCUCGCAUUUACUGAACCGCGUUCGAACCACGUGGACCGAGCAAGAUCUGGAAGUUGCCGGACUGUCCCAAGAGAUUGAAAUAUGGAAAAUGGAAGAUGCGGACUGGGACUCUGUGCUGUGGGCGUUCGACAGAAAGACCAGAGCGGGAAUUGAGGGUUGGCUUCAGUCAUGGCAUCGUCGAGUGGAACCGAUCAAAUUUACAUUUGCGAAAACUACGCGACGGCAGCUCAGACUCCAUGUCGAUGUUAACCCGCCUCCGGUUCUCGUGUCCGCCUCAUUAGAGGUGGAGGGCUUGAGCCGCCCAGCACGAUGCACCGCACGCAUUGGCCAGCCAAUGAUGGCCGAACUCAUUUUAAGACUGGCCAAUUCGAGGGAGACCGAGGUGGAGGGAUGGUUCGAAGUUGUGGCUCCGUCAGACUCAUGGUUGAUCGGAGGGAGACGCAAAGGCAGUGUUCAAUUGAGCAGGGAGCCGGUUCAGAUUCCGCUUGUCCUGUUUCCUCAACGCCUGGGACCCGUUCUACUUCCCACAAUCACGGUCAAGUGCCGCAAACAGACCAAGAGCAGCAGCGGAGGAGCUGAUGGAUGGACAGAAGUGCCAGGCGAUGUAUACAAUGCGAAACUCGGUCGAAGUAUUCCUGUCACACCCAAUCUACGCAGCACGACAGUGGAAGUAUUUGGGGCGAUUCCAGAUGAAGGUAUGGGGAGGCUUGUGAGCAGCGAAAUGCGUGACGGAAGAGACUGA